GCCGGGGCGUGGCGGACGGCGGAUCGAGUCCCCCCGUGUGUCGAGCCGCGCCGCGGCGGCCUCUGCUCCCCUGCCCCGCGCGGCCCCUUUGAGGAAGGUACGGCCCGCGUGAGCGCGUCGUAUCCCGUGUCACAAAAGGGACGCUGGAAACCAGAAACGGGCCGGCCGGCAUCGGCCCGGUCCAGCCCCGAUACGUCGCGCAAAAAAACCUAUUAGCAUUUCCUCAUGUUUCCUGCCCUCUCGGGCCCCCGCCAACCUUCGGGCCGUCGGCCAAUGGCGGGCCCGAUCCCGUCCUUUCCGCGCCCUGCCAUUGGUGGAGCUGUGACGUUCUAAAGCGGUAACGGUCAAUAAAAAGGAUGGAUUGAGCCGGGGGGGUUCACUGUCGCCAGGCACGGACACAAGGCCUGCAUCUCUUCAGACACAACAACAGACAUGGGCGUUUCCCCUCUCCGCCUGCUCGUCCUUGUCGCGGCGACGGCGGCCUGGGCGGAAACCGCCGCGGCGGCUAGAACCACCCGCUGGCCCAAGCACCCGAACACCAAGAAGCCUCCCGGUGGCCCCGUUCGGGUGGAGCGGGUCAAGACCACCACCACCACCACCACCAGCGUGCCCACCAGCACGGGCAUGGAGGAGACCACGGGGUCCAUGGACGCCUUCUCUCUCUCCCCCACAGACAGCACCACCUUCUCCGGCGACCCCUUCCCGGACUACCACACCGACACCACGGCGCCCCCCGGCGCCCCGCAUGGGAACUACAGCCUGGACUACAACGAGUGCUUCUUCAACGUCUGCGAGUGCUGCCCGCCGGAAAGGGGACCCCCCGGACUGAUGGGGGAGAUGGGCUUGCCAGGAGUUCCAGGAGAGAAGGGAGAGCCGGGUCCAGGUGGUCUUCCUGGACGUGCGGGCCUCCCCGGAGUUCCAGGAGUGAGCGGAGAGAAAGGAGCCAAAGGCGACCGAGGAGAAAUCGGAAUUGCCGGAACGCCGGGAAUUCCGGGAAUCCAGGGUCUGAAAGGUGACCCAGGCCUGAAAGGUGACAAAGGGGACCUGGGCUUGCCGGGGUUCAAGGGUGACCCCGGACUGAAGGGCGAUGCCUGUGAGAACGGGACCAAGGGCGAGAAGGGGGACCCCGGAAAACCCGGGGCGACGGGACCCCCGGGAGCGAGUGGAGAUCGGGGUGCGCCGGGAGAAAAGGGGGAGUGUCCACCAGCUGAGAAGGGGGACAGGGGCGACCCCGGUCCCACAGGACCGAGGGGGGACCCGGGCCCACCGGGGGCGAACGGGACUCAGGGACCCCCAGGCAAACCGGGGGCGCAGGCGGAGCCGGGUGUCCCGGGCUCGAAGGGAGAGCCGGGUGGGAGGGGGCCGCCCGGUCCCGGAGGGGGCCGGGGCAUGUCGGGGCCAAAAGGCGACAGGGGGGUGAAGGGGGAGCGGGGCCCGCGGGGGUUCAAGGGUCCCCGGGGCCCCCCGGAGGAGCGGAAGCGCUCGGCCUUCAGCGUGGGCCUGUUCCCCAGCAAGUCCUUCCCGCCGCCGGGCCUGCCCGUCAAGUUCGACAAGGUCUUCUACAACGAGGACGGCCACUACAGCCCGGAGACCAGCAAGUUCAACUGCACGCACGCCGGCGUGUACGUCUUCAGCUACCACAUCACCGUGCGCAACCGGCCGCUGCGCGCCGCCCUGGUGGUCAACGGCCUGCGGCGGCUGCGCACGCGCGACUCGCUGUACGGCCAGGACAUCGACCAGGCCUCCAACCUGGUGCUGCUGCGCCUGGCCGCCGGCGACCUGGUGUGGCUGGAGACGCUGCGCGACUGGAACGGCGUGUACUCCAGCAGCGAGGACGACAGCACCUUCUCCGGCUUCCUGCUGUACGCCGACCCGGCCUGACCCCGCCCCUCCGCCCCUGCUGACCCCGCCCCUCCGCCCCUGCUGA